AUGCGGCGGGAGCUUGAGAACGCCAAGUUGGUUGCGGGGCCCCAGCCUGGGCUGGCGAUGCUAGCUGCGGUAGCUAUACCACCGAUUCCAGGCAACGGCGUGACUGACCUAUUAACCAACCGCGUCUUCCUGGUUGGCUUUUGGUCCUGGUUCACUGCGCAAUUCCUGAAGAUCUUUACUAAGCGCUUCAAGAAGGGCAUCUGGGACGCGGGUGCCAUGCUCGAGUCCGGCGGCAUGCCCUCCUCGCAUUCAUCACUUUGUGCGGGUAUUACGACGGCCAUCGCCAUCCAGCAAGGCUUUGGGAGCCCACUCUUCGCGGCGUGCCUGUGCUUCAGCGUUAUCGUUAUGUACGACGCAAUGGGCGUACGGCGGCAUGCAGGUAAGCAGGCGGAGGUCCUGAACAAGGUGAUUGAUGAGCUGCUGGACGACGACCACCCGAUGGGGGAGGUGAAGCUCAAGGAGGUGCUGGGGCACACGCCGCGACAGGUCAUCUGCGGGGGUCUGCUUGGACUCGCGGUUGGGUUGUUCUUCCCAGCUUGCUGA